AUUCUCAGUAUUUUAACUGGGCACACAACGUUUUCUGCUCAGUCUUCGUUAGUUUGUUCGUGUGUUUUAAGCUGGAAAGAUGCAAAUUAUUCUCCUACUUUCGGCACUGUUAACCGUAGCUGUUGCACAACAGCCCGUCGGUUUAACUUGCCAAUAUUUCUUCUCGUUCGAGACGUAUCGUUGCGAGCUAACAAUCAACAAUCCCAAUGGCUUGGACGAUUUCACCGAAAUUGGUGGAAUUCAUUUGGAAGGAUUCUCAGACGCUGACGUCACAUACAUCUACAGAACAGCUGGCUUCAGUCCGAACAUACCCAGAAUUAUAUGCGACGAAUUCCCAAAUCUUUCUCGGGUCAUGUUCUACAAUACAGGCCUGACAGAGAUUACCGAUAGCUCGUUUGCUGGUUGUUCGCAGAUCACUGAACUGGAUUUGGUUUUGAACGGAAUCAGUUCGAUCACACCGAAUGCUUUCGCUACUCUUACUGACCUGAGCUUCGUCUAUUUGGAAGCGAACAAUCUACAAACAUUGCCAGAAGCUUUGUUCACCAACCAAGACGAUUUGAUUUUGCUCGAUUUGAAUUACAAUCCACUGGAUACCAUUCCAGCCAAUCUGUUCCGACCACUCGUCAAUCUACAAACUUUAUUCCUGGGCUACGCUAAUUUGGAAGCCGUCAACAAUCAAUGGUUCACAUCGAAUACACGCUUGGACUAUUUAUACUUAGCCGGUAAUCGAAUUGAGUUGGCAGCAGACACCUUCGCUGGCCUGGGACAAUUGACCUAUCUGAAUUUGGCACGCAAUUUUCUCACUGAUAUUCCUGAAGGCACAUUUGCACCGCUGGCAAAUCUCGAAUUUUUGUACUUGUACGGCAAUAGCUUUACUGAACUCGAAGAAAACUUCUUCCCGGACUUAGGACAUUUGGAGUACCUGGACAUCAGUGACAAUCCAACAACAACCAUUUUAGACGGAGCUUUCCAAGGAUUACACAGUCUCACAUCUCUGUCGCUAUCCAACUGUCGCAUACGUUCACUUAGUCCAAGAUCUUUUGAUGGCUUGGACAGUUUAGUUAGCUUGACGUUGAAUUUCAACGACAUUGAGGAACUUCCACCGGGUGUAUUCGAACCAGUUCCGAACCUCGCCUACGUCGGUUUGUGGAACAAUCGGGUUAAGACUUUGCGUAGAAGCAUCUUCGGAAGUUUGGAAAACCUCGAAACGGUCGACUUGGAUGGCAACAUUGUGAAUGCACUUGAUCGGGCUAUCAUCGAUGACGCUGUCAGCCUAAACACCCUGUACUUCAACGGAAAUUUGUGCGCCAACAAUUAUUUCGGAAAUUUCCUCAUCAGCAGAAAUCAAUACUUGGUGUUGUUGCAGAGAUGUUUCGACAAUAUGAGAUUCAUCGUCGACACAACAACCGAAGCCAAUGGUAUCUAUUCGUUCUUCGACGGACCACAACCGGGUAUCGUUGUCCGUGUCAACACCGACAGCGAAGUUCAAAUUGCACUGACGCCAUUCAAUUUCGAAUGGAGUCCAAUGAUUGAGAUUUUCAUCGGUUCCGCAAACAACACACGAUCGGUGAUUCGAAUCAAUCAAGACACCGAUGUCGUCACCGUUCCAACACCCAAUAUUGUCCAACUGGAUCGAUGGAACGAUUUCAGAGUCACAUGGGCUAAUCAAGUGGUUCUAGUCUACCAAGGAAAUGAUCCGUUCCCCUUCAUGGGCUUUACAAUGCGAGACUUCUUCCCGGUUAACUUCUACGGGCUACGAGCGGUUGAUACAACGGCUAUGUGGAGUGUACAGCCAGUCGAUGGUCCACCACAAGGUCCACCGGGCGGAGGUCCACCAGGAGGUCCUGGAGAAUCACCAAUUCAGCCAAUUGAUCCACGAAUGUAAACAUCAAACAACCUACACGUGUAACAAAAUAUUCCGUGUUAGAGCUUCUGUAGGCUCUUGAGUUGUGGAAGUAAAUAAAAUUAGAAAAUUAGAAA